AUGCCUCACGACGAGAGCUCUCGCCUGGUGGGAGGGAAAGGUGAUAAGGACAGAAAAGGAACGGUGCGCUGGAAGGGCGUCGCCGCGCCCGUGAUAGCAUUGUUCCUUGCCAUCGGGGUCUUUGUGGCAGCUACAUUUCCAGGGCGGUUAGUUUCUGUGAAGAAGGAGGCAAACCGUCAGGAGCUCCUUGCGGUUUCGGGUGGACGCAGCACGACGUGGGAGUGCGGCACAUCAACGGAGCCCGUGCUGAACGGCGCUGAUGUCGUGAGCUACUUCUCCCUCAAGGAGGGGGAAGCGGCCAUGUAUGGCUUCGAGGAGUACCAAGUGAAGUACAAUGGCUACACAUUUUUGUUCGCGUCCGCACAGAACAAAGUUCUGUUUGAGUCUGCCUCCCGAACGAAUGCGAAUCAGCUGUUCGACCUUUGA